UGCACCAACAAAGUCGAGCAUUCGCCGGAGUUUGUUGUCGUUGAAAACUUGUGUCACUGCGCUUUCUCCCACAUUUAUUGCAAAAUGACUGUCGAAGCUAUGGACGUGGACGUUUCUAAGGACAAGGAGAAGGAAAAGGAACCAGAGGAGAAAAAGGAUCCGGACACUCUUACUAUUGAAGAUUUGAAGGAACACAUAAGGCUCGUGGAGAGGAGUAUAGUAAGCAAAGAGCCACGUUUUGUCUUAAGAGUAUUAAGGGCAUUACCAGCUACAAGGAGGAAGCUUACUCCAAAUGUUUUGCGUCGGCUCAUUGCACUGUAUUUCAUUCGUCCUGAAAAUAAACAGGAAAAAGAAAACAUUUUGCAGUAUGUAGAAGAACUGAUGGAUACUGAAACAGUACCGCAGGCACCCGUGGGACGACAGCGAACACAGUUGGCUCUUGAAGUGGAUGUCUACAUUCACUUGCUAGUUCUUUUAAGACUUCUUGACACUGAUAGACAUGCAGAUGCCAUCAAAUGCUCAGACCAGCUGAUGACAAAAGUUACUAGUGUGAACCGUCGCACACUAGAUCUUCUAGCUGCACGUUGUUACUUCUACCAUUCACGUGCAUAUGAAGUUAACAACAGACUUGAGGAAAUUAGAGGUUUCUUGCAUCAGCGGCUCUGCCAGGCAACUCUGCGAAAGGACCAUGAAGGACAGGCUGUGCUUAUUAAUGGUCUGUUGAGGAAUUAUCUCCAUUAUUCCCUCUAUGAUCAAGCACAAAAGCUCAUUGUCAAACUAGAAUUUCCACAACAGGCUAACAACAAUGAAGUAGCUCGUUACCAUUACUACAUGGGUCGAAUUAAGGGAAUUCAGUUAGAGUAUUCAGAGGCUCACAAACACCUGAUCCAAGCAUUACGCAAAGCCCCUCAGCAGACUGCUGUGGGAUUCCGCCAGUCAGUACAGAAAUUGGCUGUUGUGGUAGAACUCUUACUAGGAGAUAUACCUGAGAGGCAGAUUUUUCGCCAAGCUAUUAUGAGGCGAGCUUUGGCACCCUAUUUACAGCUAACCCAGGCUGUGCGACUUGGAAAUUUGGUCCAUUUCACAUCCACUCUGAAUGAAUAUAAAAGCAAAUUCCAAGAGGAUCACACAUUUAUGUUAAUACUGCGAUUACGUCAUAAUGUAAUCAAGACUGGUUUGAGAGCUAUCUCUCUCUCAUAUUCUCGCAUUUCCCUUGCUGAUGUGGCCUCAAAGCUCACGCUUGGAUCUCGUGAAGAUGCAGAAUUUAUUGUGGCCAAGGCUAUCCGUGAUGGUGUUAUUGAAGCUGUAAUUGAUCAUGAACACGGUUACAUGCAGAGUAAAGAGACUGUUGAUAUCUAUUGCACUCGGGAACCCCAGUCAGUGUAUCAUCAGCGCAUAUCAUUCUGUCUGGACAUCCAUAAUCAGAGUGUAAAAGCAAUGCGUUACCCUCCUAAGUCAUAUAAUAAGGAUUUGGAGAGUGCUGAGGAACGAAGGGAACGAGAACAGCAGGACUUGGAACUUGCCAAGGAAAUGGCAGAGGAGGAAGAUGAUGGUUUCCCUUAAAGGUUUUCCUUUAGCAAUAAGCUACAUAAUAUAUUUAUGUAAACUGUGUUACAUUUUGGUUUAUUUUUGGUAUAUUCCCUUUUAGUUAAACAGGAAGGAGUAUAUUAUUGUAUUAUUGUACUGAUGUAUUUGGAGCCUAAUGAAUAUUAACAUUA